GCCAUCAUGAUUGGCCGUGCGUCCAUCCUUCUGAUGCUGGUGGCUGCCCUUGGGGGGUACAACGUCGCUGCUAUCUCCACCACCAGCAUGGUGUCGACCAUCUCCACUACGGUCAUGGCAUCGUGCCAGUGCACAAACGUCUCCCUCUAUACGGACAACAAGGCUUUGUCCGCCUGCCGCAAGUCCGUUCUGAUUGAAACCAUCGAUCGCAUCAUCAAUGAGACCUUUGGUGACCGUCUGACCCGGCUCGAGGCUGCUGCAUUUAGUGUGGCGACCACUAGCACCUCCUCUAGCACAUCCUCAAGCACAUCCUCGAGCUCCGCCAAUACGUGCUUUGCGGCUGACACCCGUUUCAUGCUGGCCAACGGCAGCAGUGCGCUCCUCACGUCCAUGUCAACCGGUGACCUUGUCAAGUGCAUCAACAACACGGACGGCACCAUCACCACCUGUCCCAUAACAACGGUGAUGCAUGUGGAGCACACGCUCACGACGCCUUUCUUGAAGUUGCACUACAUUGACAGCCAAAGCAAGCCGCAAAGCUUGGUUGUCACGCAUGGGCAUUUGGUGUUUACCACUAACGAGAGCAUGGCAGAGUGUGGAGAUCUGCCCAAUGGCAGCUACGUGGCUGCGUCCUACUUUGAAGUGGGCUGGCCGAUUGUGGUAUACGAGAACGGGUGCCUCCGCACCACCCUCGUCACGGCGGUGGAGCCUGUCGUGCAGAAUGGCUUUUACUCGCCCUUAACCACCACUGCUACCAUCAUUGCCGAAGGCGUGGUCGCUUCCGUCUAUGCCGAGUCGGAUCUGCCGACUGACUUCUAUGGCGCCUUAAUGUCUCCCUUGAUCCACAAAGUGGAGAGCACCUUGCCGAUCAAGGACUACGAGAACGGUAUUCACCCUUACAUCUACAACAUUUUCAUCAUUGCCACCACCCAGCUUACGCCCGAAGUGGCUGCGCAUGCCUAUGAGGUUGCCAAACAGAUGUACCAGGACAAGAAGGGGGUUGUGACCAAGGAAGAGAUGACCCAAAUCUUCCUGGACGCCAAAGGCGCCAUGUAAAGAGCCGCUGCAAAGGCAUUUCUCCAACCGGUUGUGCCUUGUGUGCACCAUAAAACGCAUCGUUUGCUGCUGCCACUUGUCUCUCGCCGCACGCACGCCGUUCCAAACACGCGUCCCCCUUUCAAUUGAACCAG